UGUGAAAAAAAGGUCUGCUUUAAUUUUUAGCAUUCGAAUUUAUAAAUUAUUAUGGGAACUUUCAAUCCCAAUUCCAAAAUUUGGACAAAUACAGUGAAUUCAUAUAGCUAUCCAUUGGAUUUAUUUUAUGGAGAAAAACUACUUUGUGCACUUGAUGAAACGCCUGAUAGAGUUUUGCAAAUAAAUCAUGAAGAAGGUACAAGUCACACUUGUGAAGAAAUUAAAAUUGCAAGUAUUCGUGUAGCUCAAAAUCUCCAAAGGCUAGGAAUAGAAACUGACAAUGUAAUUGGAUUUAUAUGCAGGAAUUCUAGUACAGUAAUUUCACUUGUAUUAGGUUGUGUAUUGAUUGGUGCGCCAGUAAAUCCAGUGCAUAUAACUUUUAGUAAAAGUAAAAUUCAAGAGAUUUUUGAACAAACUAAGCCUGUCCUUGUAUUUUGUGACUUUGAUGUAUUGGAAAUCACAAGAAAUGCUCUCAAAGAAAUCAAUAGUAAUGCAAUGAUCUACACUCUUCUGAAAAAAGUUCAAGCUGUUCCAUUUAUUAAUGAACUUUUAAUACCGACUGGAUCUGAAUAUCAUUAUAAAGCAACUAAAUUUGAUAGACAAUCAUCUGAGAAAUUAAUGGCUAUAAUGUGCACAUCUGACCCAAAUGGAAAGCUUAAAGGUGUUUGCAUCUCACAUACAGCUAUUCUAACUUAUGCUGAAAUGAAAUGUCGUUCUAUGAAAGAGUUCCGUUCUUUAAACUUUAGUUCUAUUCAUGCUUGUGUUGGAAUCAUUGGAAUUUUCCUUUCACCAUUUCGACCAGGUGAAACUAGAAUAUCCACUAAUCAAACGUUCACACCAAAACUAUGUGCUGAACUAAUUGAAAAAUAUCGAGUUUCAGUUGUGGCAAUGCCACCAAUAUAUUUAAAUGCUUUAAUCAACUCAUCAUAUCCUCAAUCUGGCGAUUUUUCAAGUAUCGUUUUAUUCUCUUGUACUGGCGCCGUUGUGACUGAAAAUUUACGUGAUAAAUUCAAGAAAACAUUUCCAAACAAGCCUCUUUUAAUCUCGUAUGGAACAACUGAAGUUUUCAUCGCAGCUAUGUUUCCGGGCGAAAAUAAUAAUGGCUUAAAAGUUGGAAGAACAUUCACUAAUAUACAAUUAAAGAUUGUUGACGAAGAAGGAUCAGCAUUAGAUUUAGGAGAAGUUGGAGAGAUCCUAGUCAAGCCUGAAUUCAAAUUUCAAGGUUAUUAUAAUAGCCCUGAGUCUACAGAAGAAGUUGUUGAUAGAGAUGGAUUCAUCAAAACUGGAGAUAUUGGAUUUUUGGAUCACGAUGGAUAUGUCAACAUACUCGAUAAAAAUAAAAAUAUUUUCAAAUAUAAAGAAAAUUUGAUCACUCCAUCAGAGAUUGAAAAUAUUAUAGAGGCAAUUGAAGGUGUAGAAUCAGUAUGUGUUAUAGGAAUUCGCGAUUCAAAAGUUACUAACUUAACUGCAGCAGUUGUUGUAAAGAAAGCUAAUUUUGAAGGUCUGAAUGAACAUGAUAUAUUAUCAACUGUAGCUGAAAGGUUACCUCAUACUAAACAUUUAUAUGGAGGAGUUUAUUUUGUGGAGGAAAUGCCGAUUGGAAUUAAUGGGAGAAUUUUGAGAACAAUUGUACAAGAAAUUGCAACUGAUAAAUACCGACAUCGAUUGAGCUUGUAAAUAGUUUACAAUUAAAUAUUUGAUUGAUUGGGUUUUUCAAUCUUAAGUUUGAGAUAAAUUAUCUUAUCCCCAGUUACAUUUAUUAUUGUGUUACAUUUAUGAUUUUGAUACGUGUCAUAAUGUUAAUGUAUAGCUAAUGCUCUAUUGUAUUAGUGUCC